AAAAAGAAAUAAAAGGAAAAAAACAAGACAAAAAGGAAAGACAAGACAAUAAGAAAAAACAAGACAAUAGAAAAAGAGAAAAUAGCAAGAAAAAACAAGACAAAAGGAAAAAGAAUAAUGAAAGAAGAAAGAAAACAAAAGGGAAAAAAGAAAAAAUAAAUGAAAUAAAGAAAGG